CUUCAUUUCUCAAAUCAAUUUUCUAUGGCGAAAACACCUCACAUCGCCAUUUUUCCAAGUCCAGGAAUGGGUCAUCUCAUUCCAAUGGCCGAAUUUGCUAAACGACUCGUCAAGCACCACCAUAUCUCCGCCACCAUCAUCAUCCCCACCACCGGACCUCCGCCCAAAGCCCAAACAUCCGUCCUUGAAUCAUUGCCGGAAAACAUCCACCACAUCUUUCUCCCACCAGUCACUACCGUCGCCGACUUACCGGCUGGUUCACGGCCGGAAGUUAAAAUUUUCUUCAUCAUUCAAGCCAGUCUUUCAAGCAUUCGAGAUGCUUUAACUUCUUUGAAAUCAAAAACCCAUUUGGUUGCUUUAGUAUUCGACAUGUUUAGCCAUGAUUCGUUCGAAAUUGCACAAGAACUUAACCUCUUUAAGUUCUUGUUCUUUCCCAUGAACGCCAUGGCUUUAUCUUUCAGUUUUAUAUUGCCAAAUCUUGAUAAAGAGAUAGUUUGCGAAUUUAAAGAUCUCCCUCACCCGAUUAAGGUUCCGGGUUCGGUUAGUUUUCAUGGCCGAGACCUCAUGGCUCCGGUUCAAAUCCGAACCGAUGAAGCAUACAAAGGGUAUCUUCAGUUGUCCAAACGACUAACUUCUCUUGAUGGUAUCUUGGUGAAUAGUUUUCAGGAGUUAGAAGCAGAAACCUUUCAAGUUUUGACCGCCGGAGUUACCGGUCAAAGUCAAACACCCAUCUACCCGAUCGGACCAUUGAUUCGGUCGGAUCCAAGUAAUGGGUCGGACCGGCACGAGUCUUUAAAGUGGUUGGACCAUCAACCAACUAAAUCUGUGGUGUUGGUUUCUUUUGGAAGUGGUGGAACCCUAUCUUUAGACCAGAUUCAUGAACUAGCCACAGGGUUAGAAACAAGUGGCCAAAGGUUUUUAUGGAUCGUAAGAAGCCCAAAUGAAAAGGCUUCAAAUGCUUCUUUUUUUACUGCUUCUAGCCGAACUGAUUCUUUAGGGUUUUUACCACAAGGGUUUCUAGCCAGAACCAAGAACCAGGGUUUAGUGGUGACGUCAUGGGCUCCACAGAUUGAGAUACUGAGCCAUGGUGCAACCGGUGGGUUCUUGACUCAUUGCGGAUGGAAUUCAGUUCUAGAAAGUGUGGUUCAUGGGGUCCCAAUGAUUGCUUGGCCUCUUUAUGCAGAACAACAUAUGAAUGCUAAAGUGAUGACUGAAUCGCUUUCGUUGGCUUUACGAGCUGAAACCGAUGAACAUGGAAUCGUUCGAAAAGAGGUGAUUGAAAAGGUUGUGAAGGAUUUAAUGGAGGGAGAUGAAGGGAAAAGGGUAUCGAAUAGAUUGAAUGAAUUAAAGGUUGCCGCCAUGAAAGCUCUAAGUGAUGGUGGUUCUUCAAUGGAGUCAUUAUCCAAGUUUGCAGUACGGUUGAUCAGUAAAUGACCAAUUUCUUUACCCAUUUUACUUUCUGUUUAUAUCUCAUCGAGUCCUUGCAUUUGGAAAUUUCUUACAUGUAUCUCCACUUUCGUAUUAAUCUUUUUGUUUUUAA